GUUAAUAAGAAAACCCUCAAUAUCGAGUUCUGUGAGAUCUGCAGCGAGCAAAAACAAUAGCAAAGAGAGCCAGCCCCCUCUUCCUCUCCUUCCUUCCCUUCCUUUUUUCCCUUUGAAUCCCAAAAAACCUUGCCCUCCCUCUAUCCGUUGGAUCUAAUAUACAGAUACAACCACCUUCAUCUUGUAACUAUAUAAACCCGUAAUUAUUAUUUUCUUCUUCAAACAUGAGGAUUCGAAAGAACGCAAAGCUCUCAUCUCUCAUGUUCUCGCAGGGUUCUUCAGGAGCUCAGCCACUGCAGACACACGUUUGCCAGCUAAACCAGUCACCAUGGGAUGUGAUUUCUUUCUCUCAAGAAACUUAUUACCCAUCUUCUUCACUCUACCAGUUCGAAGGAGAGGAUAGCUUUAAUGGAAAUGGCAGCUUAGGUGAUUCUGUUGGUGCUGUUGAGAGUGUCGCGUCGAUGAUGAUGGAAGAUUCAGAAGAGAAAGGAAUGAUGAAAAUGAAGGUCGACCAUAUGGUUAUUGUUGACGAUAAUUAUGAAAAUGAAGGUAACAAGAGAUCAGAAAUGUUCGGUGAUUAUGAAGAAAUGAAAAUAGAUAGCGAAUUCAAGCUCAAGAAAUGCAACAAGACCGAUGGAAAAGGCUGGCAUUGCAAGAACGACACUAAAAAUGGGCGCACUGUGUGCGACCAUCAUCAUCAUUUGACAUCUCACAAAUCAUCAUAUAGCAACAUCAACAACAACAUUAAUGGUAGUGCUGCUACAAAAAAACCCGAUAAGGUUGCUUCUAUUAUUGGGGCACGCCGUGGUCGGGCAAAGUCAGUCAAAAAAGGGUCAUCAUCGAGCUCAAAUCCGUAUGAAUUUUACUAUUAUUCUGGGUUUGGGCCGUUGUGGGGAAAGAGAAGAGGAGAUAAGGAUACUGUCAACAAGAAUGAAGCCAAGGAUGUCGAUAAUAGUACUGUUAUCGGUUCCAUGAUUCCAAAUACGACACCGUCUUCAAGUUAUUCACCGAUUGAAAAUAAUCAAGGGUUUGAUUAUGUUGACGAGGACGACGACGACGAAGAGGAAGACAGUGGCAAGAAACGGAUGCGGAAACCCGUGAAAGCGAGGUCUCUGAAGUCUCUUAUGUGAAGGGUUUGGAGGAGGGGCAAGAGAGGCGAAGAUGCUGCGGCUGCUGUUUUAUUUUUAUUUUUAUUUUGUUGUAUUGAAACUAUCGGGUUUUUUUGGGUAGAGGAGUUUUUGUGAUAAUUUCGUUGCACAUGUUGUUGUGUAUUAUCAUGCGUGAGGUUAAUCUUUUCUCUGUAACAUGCCAGUAGGAGAAGUUGUAGGGUGUGAGACGAGUGUACCUAAAGAUUGUGUAAGUCAAUGGUUUGAAAAUGAAAGGGUAGUUUGGUAA